GGCUGGCGUUGACCCCACGCACGGGCUGAACACAAGAGAUGCUCGUUAUUCAGAGCAAAGAUUCAGAGAGCGGUUGCUGGAGGAUUGUGGAACAACCUCCACAUCCCAUUGGUUGUGUUGGCGCCCGGCGCUGUGAAGGAAGGAUCUGAGCUCUAUUGAUCAGAGAGAAGGAGGGAGUGUGUGUAGAGAGAGAGAGAGAGAGAGGCAGGACAGUGCCCUGGUUCUGCUGGGAGAUUGCUCAGGAAGUUGCCAGCAGUCCAUUCUUAAAAGAUUUCAUUAUUUUAUUUUGGUCACGUUGUGCUGUGCCGACAAGAUAUGGGAUUUUAAAUGGUCUGAUGUAGAGAGCGAGAGAGAGCGAGAGCAGGCUUGAUGUUCCUACCCCUGUGUUUCAUCCAGGCGCUGUGCAAACCUCUCGCCCUUUGUAUGUGGCAACAAAGGCAGAGCUGGGAAGGGCGUGGUUUCUGCCCGCUGAUGUGACAGAAGGCGCUGUUGUGUGGCAUGGCUUCCUCUGGUUCCUCUCCUGGUCAACUGCAAGAUCGGAAGGGGGAGGAAGUUGAGCCCCAGUUGUGUAGCAUGGCUGUGGGCCCAGCAGCGGCUGAAGAGAAUACCCUCGAUCAGGUGUCCGUGUCUGAAGGUCAACACACAGUGGAAGAGCAGACGUCAAAACCAGGUAGCCACUUGACUGAAGAGUUGGAGUCGUCUUCAGAGGAAGAAUCUGGUGAAGAAUACGACUUUGAUAGUGAAGAAUAUGAGUGUGUGGAGAUCAAGCCCCAGCUGGCGUCACCACCAGGGAGACUGGACGAUGGUCAGGCUGCGGAUGUAACCUGGACCGCAUCAGAACCGGACCCAACACACUCAACCCAAUCUGUCCUGUCUACUACCAAUUCCAUCGUGCAUCCGAUCAGCAUUGACUCUGCGGCCACAGCCCCGUUGCCAUGGAACCGUUCCUCUGCCUUGCGCCUUGAAUCCACCAGCAGCUGUGAGGCCGAUAUCAAAGAUGGAACCUGGAACGAAACCUUCUUGUACAACGCUCAGCCUAUCCUGGCUACAUUUCCCUCACCAGACACUGAGGCCGAUGUCAUCUACGAUGAUGUUGCUUGUGACGAUCGAUCUCCUCAGGAGCAGGUGCCUAUGGAAGAGCUGAUUUAUGAAGAUGUUCACCGCCAUGCUGGCUGUGCCAGUCCCAUCCGGCUGGAGGAAGGCUGGAGUUCCAGUGAGUUUGAGAGCUACGAUGAGCACUCCGAUGAGGAGAGCAAAGGUGGAGGAGAGCAGCAAAGAUCCAAAGCUGCCCUGCAGCCAAAACUCUCCCCGGAUCUCAGUAGGCUGAAGGAGAAGUACGCCAGGACUAAGAGAGAAUUCCUGGCCAUGAAAGUCAGGGGCAGAGACGUUCAGGAGCUGAAACUGCGCUAUGAUAGCAAGAUGCAGCAGCUCAUGAAGGCGGCAAGGAAUGGGACUAAAGACGGAUUGGAGAAGACAAAAAAUGCAGUCUUGCGUAAAGUAUCCUUCCUUCAAAAGAGAGAGUCUCAAGAUCAGUAUGAAGAGGAUGAUGCUGGCUAUCUUGAUGUUCCGGUGUCUGACUCGAAACAUCCUCCACCAGAGCUUUGUCCGAUGCCACCGGGGCUGAGUCCUCAGCAGAUCAUACGAAGGCACAUUUUGAGUACAAUUGUGCAAAGUGAACGGAGUUACGUUGAAUCUCUGAAACGAAUCCUACAGGAGUACAAGAAGCCACUGCUGGAGGCUGAGCCCAAGCUGAUGAGCUUGAGAAAGCUGCGUGUGGUGUUUCACCGUCUGAAGGAAGUUCUGCAAUGUCACUCCAUGUUCCAGAUCGCCCUGUCUUCCCGAGUGGCCGAGUGGGAUGCUACGGAGAAAAUCGGCGACCUCUUUGUAGCUUCGUUCUCAAAGUCGAUGGUGCUGGAUGUUUACAGUGAUUAUGUGAACAACUUCACCAACGCUAUGGCCCUCAUUAAGAAGGCCUGCCUAACCAAACCUGCUUUUCUUGAAUUCCUAAAGAAGAAGCAAGCCUCCAACUCUGACCGGAUAACGCUCUAUGGGCUGAUGGUGAAGCCAAUCCAGCGAUUCCCACAGUUUAUUCUGUUGCUUCAGGAUAUGCUAAAGAACACGCAGAGAGGCCACGCUGACCGCUUGUCCUUGCAGCUGGCUCUGACCGAGCUGGAAACUCUGGCGGAGAAACUCAAUGAGCAGAAGAGAUUGGUGGAUCAGGUGGCUGAAAUCCAGCAGCUGGCCAAGAGCGUGGGAGACCGGAACCUCAACAAGUUGCUGUGUGGCGGCCAGCGGCAGGUGGUCCUGUGUGAGACUCUGACGGAGACAGUUUAUGGAGAGAGGGGGCAGAUCCUGAAAUCCAAGGAGCGUCGGGUGUUCAUGUUGAACGACCUCCUCGUGUGUGCAAACAUCAACGUCAAGAACCAGCCAGACAUCGGCAGCCUGGUCCCUGUUGGCCCCAAGUACACGGUGAAAUGGACGGCUCCGCUCCUGCAGGUCCAGGUGGUGGAGGUGGGACAGGAAGGGAAAGGCUACGACAAGGACACCAUCAUCUUUCAGCACCCAGGGAGCAAAAAGGCCUCCUCUACCUCUCUCUCAACGAAGAUUUACAUGGGGCCUCCUCGUCUUUAUCAAGAGCUUCGGGAACUGCAGCAGGAUCUGGUGGUGGUGACCCAGAUCAUGCAGCUCAUCAGCACACUCAACGGCAUGUAUCGGAACCUAAACCUUGCUGUGGCCCGAGACUGGUGCAGAGCGCUGCAGAGACUGGUCAGGAUUAAGGAGGAUGAGAUCCAGUCAGCAAACAGGUGCCAUCUCCGUCUCCUGUUACCAGGGAAACCGGACAAGUCUGGCAGGCCGGUCAGCUUCAUGGUGGUGUUUAACACACCAAACCCACGCAGUAAGAUCACCUGGGUCAACCAGCUACACAUGGCUAAAGUUGCACUAACGACAGACAACCAGCCUGGCUGGUUCGGUAUUGAGGAUGAUGGGAAGACCAAGGGUCCGUUCUGGUGCCCCCUGCUCGCCUAUCGCAUGCCCAUGUACAGCCCUAGGUGUCGGGACCUGAAGCCCGAGGCAGCUCUUCACACUCCCGUGCAAUCAUCCCUACUUGGGGUUUCCACGGCCAGCACCUGUCUGGCACAGGGCUACCUGUGGAUUGGCAGUGGGCGAGAGCAUGGCCAAGGGCAGGUUGACCUUUUCUCACUGAACCGAUCCUUCCCCAGGCUGGUCAAGUCUUUCCCGGUCAGCUCAGGGGUCUUGUGCAUGGAGUACAUCCCACAACAGUCCAGGAGUGAGGAGGACAUUGAUUGUCCAUUGGAGAAACCAGCAGACAAUCCGAUUAUUGUUAUGGGACUUCAGGAUGGAAGCAUGGUGGGCUACAGCGGAGUUGAUAUGGCUGCCCAGUCUUUGUUUACGUGCCAAAGCCCAGGAGGAGUGGCUGUCGUGUGCCUGAGGCAUUUGCUGGCUCUGGUGUUUGCGGGGCUACAAGAUGGCAAUGUGGCGGUGUACAGCAGAUCGGCCGAGGGGAGUUGGGACUGGGAUUGUCCCCGGUCGGUGAAAGUUGGUUCAUCCCCAAUUGUCUCGUUGUUGGUUGUGGACGACACAAUGUGGGCUGGCUGUGGCAAUCGGGUCACAUUGAUCGAUGUCAAUUGCUUCACUACAAGGUGCCUGGAUGCGCAUCCAGAUGAAGUGGUCAGCGUGACCCAGAUGGUCAAAUCUGGAGGUGGAGUGUGGAUGGCCUUCUCCGCAGGAUCCAACAUCCGAUUAUUCCACACGGAAACCCUGGAACAUUUGCAGGAAAUCAACGUGGUACCACGCAACACCCCCUUCACUGCAGGCCAAAGGAACAUCUUAGUGACGUGCUUGCUGGUUUGCCAAGGAAUGCUCUGGGUUGGGACCAAUGAAGGAAUGUUAGUUACUUUACCAGUUCCAAAACUUGAAGGAAUUCCAAAGGUUACAGGGAAGGGAAUGAUCUCGUUAAAUGCCCACUGUGGACCUGUGGAGUUUCUCAUCCCCACCAUUGGCUCGCUGGACUUGGAGCUAUUGAAGAGUGAAUCCACUGAAGACGUGCACGUCUGCCCAGAGGCCGACAGCAAAGAUGACCCUUCCUCUCCGGACCCUGUUCAGGACCUGCAUCAGGACAAGAAGCAGGGGAUCUCUCUGUGUUACAAUCUCCACUCCACCUCCCACCUGCCUGGCCACUUACUGUCUGCUGGUGAGGAUGAGGUUCAGGACAGUGGGACAUCCCCAGAGCACGGCAUCGAGGACGGCUCCAUCUACGAGAUAGUGGACGACCCAGACGUGUGGGUGCGGAGCAGGUCUUCCACCCGCGAGGCGGUCAGGAGGGAGAAGGUCAGCUCGGUGGCCAUUGCCUCUGGAGGCAGAGGCUGCCAGAGCUUCAACAGAGACUUCAAAGCCACCAUACACACAAACCGUGAGAACAUGUUGCUGAUCUGGCAGAUUCCACUGACGCUGUAAUCUUGCCACAAUGUGUGUGUGUUUGUACAAUGAAGCCACUGGGAGUGUGGGACUGCCCUGCUCACUUGCUGCAGCCCCAAGGGUUUAGAAGGGAAUAGUCUCUUUCACUGAGCUAUGUACUCGCUAAUCGGGAAGAUGUGCUUGGUACAAGGAUGUCACUUUCACAUCAACUUCCUUUGCAUGUGGUUUCUCUGAGGGUGGGUGAGCUGGGCAACGCUUCGACAAGGGGCAGGGAGUGUGUAUUGUGCCAUUUUUGUUUUCUUUCUCAUUCCCUUGCUCUGACUGAUGGUGUCUUAUUCCCACCUGGAAGUCGCUGAACUCUCAGUGUUGUGCUUUGAAGAAAAGGGAACGUUGAAUAUUUUCCUCUUGAUGUCCACCCUGUCAUUCCCCCCCCGCAUCUCACCAGGCAGGAGAACGGCCUCAUGGGCGCUGGCUGCCCAAAUGGCCAAUCCUUGUGUGGGUGCCUGGACAUUGGAUGUCUUGAGACUAGUUGAGGGUGGAGGUCACUGAAGUGGGACUUGAGGCGAUAUUCACACACGUGCACUUUCCAGCAGAGGUCACUGGAUCACCGUCGGGUGCGGAAGGAAACUCUGGCGCUUAUAGACGUUGGCUCGUUCUCACCUCUGGCCACUUUCUUCCCGUUUAAGGGGCAGCGAGCUCAUCGUGGUGCAUCACUAGAUACUGACUUACCCAUGGGGAAGGUGCAGGACUGAAGCCUUCAGUCAGAUAGGAAAAUAAUCUGGGGCAGAGGGAUUUGCCAAAAUAAAGAUCUCUUUGUUGGUUGUAAAUGGUUAUCUAUACAACUCAGUGAUUCUCUUUCAACCUUUGAAUGUGUUUCAUUCAUGUUAUCCAACAGUUCGGUGUCACUAUUCCUGAUCUAGACUGAAGGAUGGGGGCAGACUCUCGUUUUGUGUGACAUCUACUCCACAUUCACCAAAUCACUUACAUUGUAGCACCCCAAUAAUUGCCACCCUUAUUCUCACAUUAUUGAGCUUCCAAAACCACCCCGACAUCUGACCUGGUCGUCUGGGUUACACAACAUAGUUCAGGCUGCCACCAACAUUUUGCACUAUUGGUUCUGAACAUUUAAACAGCAGAACCCCUUUCAUACUCUUUGUGGUGUGUGUGUGUAGAAUUUGUUCAGGAAGGGUGCGUUGGGCAGGGUAUUGCAUCAUUCAGCCUACUUUUUAAACCAUCACAUUUCUAAAUAUUUUUCACAUCAAAAUGAAUGGAAGUAUUCAGCUGUUUUAAAAAUAAUUGUGAACAAAACAAAUGUAAGAAUACCAAAGCUGUUCCAAUCGUUUUUUCCCCCCAAGAUAGAAAAUUGCAUCACUCCUCUGGCUGGAUGGGAAGAAUUGCAGAGUUCCAACUUUCAGUGUUUUGAUGCUUGUGUCCACAUUAUAUUUCUGCUGACUUUGAACCUACAAGUGGAAAAAGGUGUUUUAAAGUGUAAAAUAUCAGAAACAUUUCUGAUCUCCACAAAGGGUAACUUUUUGAAUGCUGCAUGAUAGUUUGGGAAUAGUUGGUGUUUUUAGAAUCAUGGAAGUAUAUGUUUACAGCACAGAACAACAUUAUUUGUUCGUUGUAUCUGUGCCAGCUCUGGGCUACUGACAUGUAAAUAUUGACUGUUUGAAAGCUAUAGCGAUAGUAUUUACUCAGGGUUUGAAAUUCCCCAGAACGAUGCCGUCUCGUUGCAUGCUGAAAACAUUCCAGGGAAUAUUCCUUGCUCCUGUCCAUUGUGCAGCAGCUCCAUGUUCAUCCAUGGCAGGCAACCUUCACAAAGCCAAUUCUCUCCACUAUAAAACAUUGGUUUAAAGCAAGAGUCCAAAAAUCAAACUGGGGUCUAAAUUUCAAUGAACUGUCUUUCUAAACCCAUAUCAUAUGUUUGGGAAUUGAGGCUUCACAGGGUCUACAUUGGAAGCUGGAGCCUCGAUGGACUAACUUGCACAUUCAUUCUGUCACUCAAAUUAGUUUGGUAAAUGAUUUGGAAGACACUA